CUCCACUGUGAUUAACAUCCAGGGUUGAGUGUGAUUUCACGGUGAGAGAAAACACAUGUGAAGCAUGGCCAAAGGGCAUUGGUUCUUCUUCCUCGGUUAUUUUGUGUGCCCGUUAUUCCUCAACAUGCAGUUUUGUUAUUUUCUUUUUAACUAUAUACAGUAAAUGCGCAGGGUUUUUCUACUUUGUUGAUGUUGAUAAAAAUCAUUUUUUAUAAGUAGUUAGCUGAACGGACUCGUAGUAUACAGUAGUUGGUGAAUGCCGUAUUUUCAUUUCUCACAUUUUUGCAGUUUAAGGUGGAACAGCUGUAGUUGAUUAAUUACUUUAUUUUGCAGUUUAUUUGUUUACUCUGAACAGGCUCGUAGUAUAUACCCAAAGGUGCUUGUGAUCACAGUAACGUGAGGGUUAUUACACAGUAGGGUUUCGGGGGAUUGUUCUGUUUUGUUCACCUGAAAUCACUGUGACCUAAGAGGUAACAGACUCACAUGUAGUCCGUGACAGAACUUCUCCAGAGAACCGGAUUGCUAUCUUACUCUUGUUAUGGAUGAAGAUGGAGGGGAUGUCCGUUCUGGGUGCAUUGAGGGAUUGGCUGAAGAGUAUCAAAAAAAUGCACAAGCAAAUCUUCAUAUGAAAAAUAAAAAAGGUGGCAAGGAGGUUGUAUGUUCCAAUUGCUUGGGUGGUGGAGUACUUUUAUGUUGCUCUGGAAAAGGAUGCCAGAAGAGGUACCAUCCCUAUUGUGUGGAUCCUCCUCUCAAGUACAUUCCUUUGAGGCUUUGGCAUUGUAUCUGGUGCACUAAGAAAAAAAUAGAGUUUGGCGUGCAUUCUGUUUCUGAAGGAGUGAAAUCCAUCUUGGACUCUAGAGAAGUGGUUUCAAAUAAUAAAGUAAGUAGCAUGUUGCUAGUGAUGCAAAGGGAGUACUUUGUCAAGUAUCAAGGUCUUGCUCAUGCUCACAACCGCUGGAUUACAGAAUCAACAAUGCUUCUUGAGGCUCCUAAGCUCUUGGCCAAGUUUAAAAGUGAACCGAAGGUUAGCAGGUGGAAAAGUGAUUGGAGUAUACCUCACCGCUUACUCCUUAAAAGAGAAAUUGUGCAUUUUGGUGGGAAUGGUGACAAUGACUCAAUUUGCUGUUAUGAGUGGCUUGUCAAAUGGACCGGUCUUGGUUAUGAUAAUGCCACAUGGGAGUUACAAGAUGCUUCAUUUUUGACAUCAGCAAAAGGCAGGAAACUCAUUCGUGAUUAUGAAAGUCGUCGAAAGGGAGUUGAUAAACUGUCAAAAAGUAAUUUUGAAGACAAUGAGGAGACAAAAGCUUUUAUUGUCGAAUUGUCAGUGUUGCCGUUUGGAGAUUCACCAGGACUUUAUAACCAGUAUUUGAGUUAUGUGAACAAGCUUCGCAUGUGUUGGUACAAAGGUCAAAAUGCUCUUAUUGUAGAUGAUCAAAUUGACCAGGAGCGCAUUAUAAAAGUGAUUUUGUUUGUAUUAUCUUUGAAUUGCAAUAGCCAGAGGCCUUUUCUCAUCAUCUCAACUUCUACUGCCCUCUCUGUAUGGGAAACAGAGUUCUUACAUUUGGCACCAUCUGCCAAUCUCGUAGUUUACAAGGGAAAUAGAGAUGUACGGAGUGGCAUCAGGGCAUUAGAGUUUUUUAGUGAAGAAAAUGAUAUAUUAUUUCAAAUACUGUUGUCAUCUUCUGAUAUUGUUGUUGAGGACUUACAUGAACUAAGAUGCAUUACAUGGGAAGCGAUAAUAAUUGAUGAAUGCCAGCAACCCAGAAUUUUAGGACACUUGGACCAUAUCAAGAUUUUAAAAACUGAAAUGAAGCUCCUUCUUGUUAGUGGACAAAUAAAGGAAGAUCGACAUGAUUAUAUCAAACUGCUUUCAUUCCUCAAGUCUGCACAUCAUGAACCAAGUAUUGCUCCAAUAGAAAUUUCUUUCAGUGCUAGCAUUUCCAAUUUGAAGAGCCAAUUGGAAAAAUAUGUUGUAUUCAAAUGCAAAUCUGGCUCUACUAGGUUUGUAGAGUAUUGGGUUCCUGCCUGCCUUUCUCAUUUGCAGCUUGAACAGUAUUGUUCAAUGCUGCUUUCAAACUUAAUUUUGUUAUGCUCAGGCCAGAAGUCCGAUGUAGUUGGUGCGCUCCAUGAGCUUAUUAUCUCAACAAGGAAGUGCUGUAACCACCCUUAUCUCCUGGAGCCAGCACUGCAUAAUUCUGUUGCUAAGGGUCUACCUGUUGAAGAACAUUUAGAUAUUGGUAUAAAAGCAAGCGGAAAACUCCUACUUCUUGAAAAAAUCCUUUUGGAAGCAAAAAGUCGUGGGUUAAGGGUGUUAAUAUUAUUCCAGUCAUCUUGUGGUUCUGGAUCGAUUGGAGAUAUUUUGGAUGAUGUUCUCUGUCAGAGAUUUGGUUUAGAUUGCUAUGUGCGAUAUGAUAGAGCUUAUACCCCUAAAACAAAGGAAGCUGCUUUAGACACAUUUAAUGAUCGAGACAGUGGUAAAUUUGUCUUCUUGAUGGAAAACCGUGCUUGUCUCCCUAGUGUUAAGCUUUCUUCAGUGGACAUUGUUAUAUUGUUUGACAGUGAUUUUGACCCUCAAAAUGACCUAAGAGGUUUGCAAAGGAUGUCUAUCAGCACACAGUUGAAACAAUUAACCGUUCUCAGAUUGUACUCAUAUUACACUGUUGAAGAAAGGAUUUUAAUGCUUGCAAAGGAGGGUAUAUCUCUUGACAGUAACGUGCGGUUGAUUAGUCAUAGUAUUUCUCACACUCUUCUAAAAUGGGGCACCUCUCAUCUGUUUAAUAAGCUGGAUGAUUUACAUGCCAGUGUAACUGCUGUUUCUACUCCAGACAUUGCAGAUCAAACUCUUCUGCAUGAUGUACUCUGUGAAUUAUCAUCCCAAUUGGUUUGUGAUGCUGACGAUAUUGAUUGUCAUGAAUGGUCAUUCAUAUCAACAAUACAGCAGAAUGGAGGGGAAUAUUCGAGGAACAUUUUAUUGCUUGGAGAAAGAAUAAUGAAGGAACUGGGCAGUGAGCCAAGUUCUUUUUCCUGGAGUGAUCUUGAAGGAAAGUAUCCUCAAUGGAAAUUUUUGUCUGUUUCGUCUCAGAGGAUGAGGAGUAGGGUCAAACAUUCCGAUUACAUAAUAAAUGAAUCUGAAUGUAAAGAUCAUACAAUUAUGGGAAAGAGGUCAGCAUCAAAUGCUUCCAAGAAGAGUAAAGUGUCCAAGGAUAAUUUUGAUCAUAAUUUGAGGAAGCUGGCCAAGGAUAAAGUUGAGCCAAAGAGGAGGAAAGUGUCAAAAGACAUUGUUGAAACAGAGGGGAGGGAACCGUCAAAUCAUGCCAUUGGUCCUAAGACUAGGAAGGGGUUCAAUGGUAUUGUUAAUUCUGGUGGCAGGAAAAUGUCCAAGAAAAUUCUUGAUUCCAAAUAUCGGAAACCAAGAUUGAGGAACAAGAAGAAUUCAAGUGUUUCCAAUAGUACUAGUAAAUCAAAUGGUACAGAUGGUUUGUCUAGUGUACUUGGUUCCUCAGGGCGUCCUUUGGCCAAUGAAACUACGGGAGAAACUACUACAAACAUGCAACUUUCAGAGAAAAGGAAACUUCUUGAUGGACCAAAUAGUAUCAAAUUCUUGCCAAAGUCGGAUAUUUCAGGUCUUUGUGAAAUUCUACAUUUUCCGAAAAAUGUCAAGGUUGUUGCCCAGAGGAUUCUUGAGCAUAUAUUCAAACAGUACAAUGUUAAUUUCCAAGAAGUUUCUACUGUACAGGCUUUUGAAAUAUCUGUGUGUUGGCUAGCAGCUUCUUUGUUGAAACAUGACAUUGAUAAGAAGGUUUCACUCACUCUAGCAAAACUGUACUUGAAUUUCAAUUGCAAUGAAGAGGAAGCCACCAAUGUCUACGCAGAACUUUGGAAACAUGCAAAGACAAUUUCUAAUUAUAUACAAAAUGGACUGUGUGUUGAGAGUAUAAAUGGUGCUUCAGAAACUAACAUGCCCGAGCUGAAUGAUUUGACCGAGGUGAAGCAGAAGGAUUUUCUGGAUACUUGUGUUACAAAACUCGUGAAAUCUGUCACAAAAGAACAUGAUCUUCAAACGAAAACUCCCACAACAGUGGUUUCAUGUGACCAGACUUCUACUUAUGAAAUUUGUUCAUUUGCAAAGACACCCGCUAGUUUUCCUGUGAAAGCAAUUGCUCUCUCCUCGGAGUUAGGCUCAGAAAAUGACGUCAUGGAAUCUACACCCUUAAUAACUUCAGAAGAUUCAGCUCUUGAGCACGGGGGCAAUGAUGUCAACCCUCAUACUGAUUAUUUGGAAAAACAGAGUCCUAUUAGAAGUACAGAUAUUACACAAUCUGAUGGCAAAGUUUGUGAAGAUCCUCAAAUUUUAGAGAAUGAAUUGGUUGCUAUUGAGAAUUUUAUGAAUAUGCCUACUCAUUCUUUGCAGCUUGACAGUGUUGAUGCAAAUGCUGUAACUUCUAUUGGUUCUGCUGUUCCUGAGGCCAGACAGUGGGGCAGUGUAUUGAGUCCUGUAUGUGAUGAGUCAACUGGACUGAAGUUUGCUGAGACAACCUUUCCAAAUAUCCAACCAUCGGAUGCUAAUUUGUGGUCGUUGCCUCUGAUGGCAAUGUCUGAUAUUCCAUCUUUUCCGGAGCACAAUUCAGCUAGUGCUGUCACGCCUCUAGAUGAUAUUUUUAAUCAUACGCAUGAGGAUCAUUGUUACAUUCACGAGGCUGAAGUAAUAUUGGAAGCACCAAACAACGUUGUGGAACCAGUUAACUCUUCCUUUGGUUCACCUGUGAUACUGCAACCCUUCACAAGUGUGCCCAUGGAUGAAAAUAUGACACAUGUACCUGACAGCUUUACUAUUCCUGGAUAUAUGAACAGUGAUUAUAUUCAACAUCAUCAUGUGGCAUCUGAAAUAUCCGACGAUGUCUAUCUAGACUCACUGCUGGAUGAAAUGGAGUUAAUAGAAAACAGAAAUGAAGAAGCCUUCAUAGAUCCACUACUAAUUGCGAUGGAGAGAAUAGAGAAGGAUAAAGAAGAAGCCUUCAAGAUACAUGAGAAGAAGCAGAGAUUGCAGCUCCGAUCUGAAUAUGAAGAGGAAGUUGAAAAAUUGAGUGAAAAGCACAGGAUUUUGCUUCAGCAUGUUGAUACUGAAGUAGCACGCAAAAAAAUGGAAUUUGAGACACAAUGUAAAUUAGUGUCAAGCAGUGAGGAAUUAGCUGAAGUUUGGAUCCAUAUGCUUGAUGGUUGUGGAAUUAGCUAAAGUUUGGAUCCAUAUGCUUGAUGGUUGUGAAAUGGCUGUGGGAUAAUGCUCAGAACAAGGUAUCGAGGUCAUGGUUUGUAUAUUUGUUGAGUCUGUUAAUUAUCCAUUUACUACUGUAUAAUAGGUCAUUAGGUAGAAUAGAAACAGAUUAGGGAGAUUAAUGGAAAAAAUCUACAUAAUUAUUCCAUAUACCUAGAUAUUAAUAAUCGAGACGUAUUUACUAUGAGUAAUCACCCAUCUUCUUUCCCUUAGAAUCCAAGGCCGGAAUUCACCAAUCCAGGUUUAAAUGUAGUCUAGACUCAUUUACUAACUUAUGAACCCUGUUUUUCCUAAACAUAAUUCUUUCAGCUAUUUAGAAACCCUGAAUUUUUAGUUUUUAGUAGUCUGUACCUUAACUGCAUAGUUAUUGAUGUGGUGAAUGCACCUUUGCGUGCCUAUUAUUUCUGAUUCAUGCAUAUGCAACUCCUUGAUCUACUUAGUAGUCUUCUACCCUUCUGCAGAGGGAAUACCCAGUUCUCAUCAAGUCCACUCAAAAUUAACCCAUCCUUGUUCACUCCUACUGUGAUGGUCUUGGACAAUCCUUGGACAGCCAUCCAGAAGAAAUCAACCCCCUUAGAGCACGCUUUGAUCCCAUGAUGGCUAUGGUGUACUUGUCCCCUCUGCAGCUGCUUCAUCUUAUGCAGCAAUUGCCCUUGACAUCAUUACAAUUGCAACCUUAGUAUCAUUUAGAAGAACCAGGUAAAACAUGCUGGUAGGGCGCUGUAAAACUAUAUGUACCUAACUCACUAGGCUGAUGUAUUUGUUCACCAAAUUUUGAACCAGUGAUCGUCUGGUGAAAUGAAUGUAAAUAUGCUAUAUCACUGAACAACUUUUAAAAUUGUCUGUUAUGUGCUCCCCAGCAUAAGAAAUAGCAAAAAUAUAUUAUUGUAAGAAAGUAACAUAGUAUG